AGUAGAGAAAAGGGUGUUCCAGAGAGGCAUUUUCUAUUAAAGUAUAAUAUGUAUCCACCAAAGAACCACUCUCAAGUUAGAACCAUCUCUGUCCUGUAGCCCUCUCUCUCUCUCUCUUCCCCUUCCAGCUGGAAUUUGGAGAGACUGUUGGUAUUGAAAGGUAGGAUAAACCAGUGGACAAGUAAAAUAUGGAGUUUUCCACAAUUUUCAUUGUUAGCAACAUUGUGCUGCUUCUCAGUUCAUCAGCAUUUGCCAAAACUGCCAGUCCUCCCUCUCUGAGCCCAACUCCAGCACCAGCCCCAGCACCUGACUAUGUGAACCUCACUGAUUUGCUGGCUGUUGCUGGUCCAUUUCACACCUUCCUUCAGUACCUUGAGUCCACCAAAGUGAUUGACACUUUCCAAAACCAAGCCAACAACACUGAAGAAGGAAUAACCAUCUUUGUACCAAAAGAUAGUUCCUUCUCAGCUUUGAAGAAACCUUCUCUGUCCAAACUCACUGAUGACCAAAUAAAGCAAGUGAUCCUCUUCCAUGCCUUGCCACAUUUCUAUUCUCUAGCUGACUUCACAAAGCUUAGCCAAACCAGCUCCACUCCCACAUUUGCUGGAGGUGAUUACACUUUGAAUUUCACUGAUAACUCAGGGACAGUGCACAUUAAUUCAGGAUGGUCAAGGACCAAGGUUAUCAGUGCUGUUCAUUCCACAGAUCCUGUUGCAAUAUAUGAGGUUGACAAAGUGUUACUUCCUGAGGCCAUUUUCGGCACUGAUAUUCCUCCUGCUCCUGCUCCUGCACCAACUCCUGAUAUUGCCCCUGCUGCAGAUUCUCCAACUGAACAAAGUGCUGAGAGCAAAUCAUCCUCUCCAUCAUCUACACCUGAUGGUUCCUCUUCUUACAAGAUCAUCAGCUAUGGAAUCUGGGGCAACCUUGUCUUGGCAACUUUCGGCAUGCUGGUGCUCUUGUAAUGGAAUCUGUUGAAUAUUUAAUUUAGAUUAUGUUUAUGUAUCUACAUUUGGUGCUAUUUGCUUUGAU